AGCCCACCAGGAAAUUAUCCCUCUCCCUCUCCCAUUUUCCUCACUUAUUUACCCUAGUCCCAUCACACCCUCCAAUUCUAAUUCCAAUUCCAAUUCCACCACCAACAUGGCAUCCAAUCUACCCCCCCUCAAACAUCCAAUCGCCAUCCGCCCUGACCACAUCGCAACAAGCCCUACCACGCUACAGGUCAAACAUCACACCUACAGUAUCUCCCAAGGCGACUUUACCGUCUCCUACACGCCCGACCGCACAAACACUCAUGCUACAAAACUCUUCUCAGUCAACGGCCACGCCCUAUCAUGGCGCCAACGCCGCGACUUCUGCGAUGCCUCAGGACUACCCCUCUUCGAGCUCCACCGGAAAGGAGCCGGUGGGACCUGGUUUGUCCAGUUACCUGGUAGUAUUAGUAGUUCAGAUCCUAUUAUCACGUUAGCACCGCGGUGGAGCUGGACGAAGGAUAAGGUCGACGUGUAUUUUCGGAAUGCGAUGGGUGGGGAGGAGGUUGUUCUUGAAGUGCGUGGGCAGGAUACUUGGAAGAGGAGGACAAAUGUUUAUCGCGAUGGUGUACUGGUUAUGACGAUAAGGGUGGUGGAUUUGCUUAGGGCUUCUUCGACUAGGAAGCCGGAGAGAGUGGUUGAGAUUGCCGAGGGGAUGGAUCUUGCUCUGGCGUCGGUUGUUACGGUGCUUGUGGCGGAGAAGUUUGCUGGGAAUGUUUGUUUGAAGUCGACGUUUUCGCCUUCUGGUGGUGGUGGUGGUGGUGAUGUCGAUGGUAAGGGGAAGAUGGAGUUGCCUUAGGGUUAU